AUGAAAAGAAGCAAAGACACCAGAAUAAUUAUUCUAGUGUCUUUGGUUAGAGCAACUACCAGAGGAGCGAACUCCAAAGCAACGAAAACUGGUGCAAAGGGCCCAACUAGGGGAACCAAGGAUAACUCCAAGCGCUAUCGCGAGAAAAUCGAAAGGGAUCCAAAUAAAUUGUUUAAAAAGAACAAUAAGGUUUUAAAAAUAAAGCGAGAUGCGAAGAAAGUACUCGGCAAUCAAAGAUCAUUGGAAGAAAUGCUGAAGAAGAUGGAAUAGUCACUUCCAGCCAAAUUUUCCCGAAAGAUGGAAGUUAUUAAGCUAUUGUAUAGCAAAUAUGUGGAGCCUGAAGACAAGGCUAAGUCACUUUGAAUCAAAUCCUGGUAGAGCUGGCUUUACACAAUAACAAUUAUUUACAAGCGU